AAUGUCACUAAGUGGCUCAUAUUAGUGCCUUGCAGAAACAAAAGGAGAUUGAGGAUCUGAGUCCAUGGUUCUUUCCGCUUCCCUCAGACAUGUGCUCACUAGCUCCCGGUUCAAACCAUGAGUUUAUGAGCUCAGUAUACCGUGUUGUCAUUUCUUCCCCAGUGAUGCCCGACAUUAUUGUGGACUAUGAUAUGUCAAAGAAAUCAACCAACAUUGUGAUGCAAGAAGAAUUGGCAAACAUCUCAAGUAGGCAUAAGUGCGAGCAUCAAGAAACUGAAGGACAAGUAUGGGAAGAUUUUACAAAAGUGUAUGCUUGUGAGAAUAAAGAAGUUGUCUCCUAUGAUGGGGUGAGGAUUCCUUUGACUAUACUAUACUCUAGGAAAAUGCAUCAAAAGGGUCAAUCUCCAGGUCUUCUGCAUGGGUAUGGAGCUUAUGGAGAAGCUCUGGAUAAAAGCUGGUGUGGCAACCGUCUCUCCCUACUCGAUCGUGGUUGGGUUAUUGCAUUUGCUGAUGUUAGAGGCGGUGAUGGUCCGGAGCCCUCAUGGCACAAAUGUGGGAGGGGAUUACAUAAGCUAAACUCCAUUUAUGACUUUGUAUCAUGUGGACAGUACCUUAUUAAUGAGGGGUAUGCCCAUAAAAAUAAGCUUGGGGCUUGUGGAGUUAGCGCUGGAGGUCUUCUUGUUGGGGCAGCCAUCAACUUACAUCCCAGACUCUUUCGGGCUGCAAUUUUAAAGGUUCCAUUCUUGGAUAUAUGCAAUACAUUGUUGGAUCCUACACUGCCUCUCACGGUCUCGGACUAUGAAGAAUUUGGGAAUCCUGAGAUCGCGUGUUUCUAUGAUUACAUCCUCAAAUAUUCUCCAUAUGACAAUGUUUCUCAUGGACCAUGCUUUCCUGCUAUGCUCGUUACGGCCUCGUACAACGACUCCCGGGUUGGUGUAUGGGAAGCAGCCAAGUGGGUUGCCAAGGUUCGAGACCAAGCGUGCUCGGCGUGUUCUCCUUCUGUUGUCCUGCGAGCAGAGAUGAGCGGAGGGCAUUUUUGCGAGGUAGGGCGUUUUGGUCAUUGUGAAGAAGCAGCUUAUGAAUAUGCCUUUCUCAUGAAGGUUUUCACUGACCCUCCUCCAAAGUAAAGUGAUCAAACAUUUUGGAUGUCUAAUUGUACUGGUAUAU